UCGGAAUUUUAUACAUUUUUUCAUUAGGAUGUGCAAUUUCCCAACUAUAGCACUCAAAAUCUCACUGCUGCUUUUAAUACCCAUGAACAUAGCGAUAAAUAUCGGGGAAUUAGUAUUCACCCGUAUACGCUUUAAACCCAAUACGAAUGUGUUUCUUCUAAGCAUAAACAUACUAGCGUGCAUCAUUAUGCUGGGUUUUCUAACAGCGGGAAUCUAUGGGACUUUUCGGAAUAGGAUCAAAAUAAUAAGGACGCUGAUGUUUUCCAUGGUGGCGUUCUGCUUGUUUAGGGUGGUCAUGUGGAUAGUGUGUGGGAAUCUGGAGGUAAUUUUAUCCGAAACCAUCACUCACGUAUGGUUCCAGAUCAACACGGCGGUCUCGAUACUCUGUCUGAUUGUGACUGUCAUGUUCUGUAUGCGGCUGCAUGAGCUCUCUCGACAGUUUCUACAAGGCGUUUAGUCUAUAAGAAAAAUAUGAUCUUAGUAUUCUUAACUAUGCCAGUACUUAUCGAAUUUAAUUCAAUUUAAUUUUGAUAUCGCACACUAAAUUUAAGAUAAGUUUUUAAAAUUUUAAAAUUACUGUAC